AUGAUGAUUAACUUCCUUCACCACCCUUUAACUCCCAACACAAAAAUGAAAUACCCUUCAUUCAGCCUCCUUAGAGAACACAACAUUUUGUUCAUCAGAGGCUUCAUGAUUUUGUUCCUCAGUUGCAUAACCAUUAGGCUCAAUUUCUGUGUUUCCAGUGUCAAUAUCCCUUCUUCAUUGAAAUCAGUUCCCUUGGAGGGUCACUUGAGUUUUGAAGAAGUUGACCUUAAACAUGCAUCCAGGGACUUUGGCAACAGGUACCAAUCUCAUCCCAUAGCAGUGUUGCAUCCAAAAUCAGUUUCUGACAUUGCGGUCACCAUAAAACAUAUCUGGAACAUGGGUCCUAGUUCUGAGCUCACUGUUGCAGCUAGAGGGCAUGGCCAUUCACUCCAGGGCCAGGCACAGGCUCAUGGAGGAGUUGUGAUCAACAUGCAAUCACUUGGUGUCCCUGAAAUGCAUGUACACACAGGGGAAUCUCCUCCUUAUGUGGAUGUCUCAGGAGGGGAAUUGUGGAUAAACAUCCUGCAUGAGACACUAAGGUAUGGAUUGACACCAAGAUCAUGGACAGAUUAUUUACAUCUCACAGUUGGUGGCACUUUGUCCAACGCUGGUGUAAGUGGACAAGCAUUUCGACAUGGUCCCCAGAUAAGUAAUGUUCAGGAGCUGGAGAUUGUUACAGGAACAGGAGAGGUGGUAAACUGUUCUGAGGAUCAGAAUGGAGAACUCUUUCACAGUGUACUUGGGGGGCUAGGUCAGUUUGGCAUUAUCACAAGAGCAAGGAUAUUACUGGAACCAGCACCAACCAUGGUAAAAUGGAUCAGAGUGCUGUAUGUAGAUUUCACAGCAUUCACUAGAGACCAAGAGCAAUUAAUAUUUGAAGAAAAGGGUUUUGAUUAUGUUGAAGGAUUUGUGAUAAUAAACAGAACCGGUCUUUUAAAUAACUGGAGAUCAUCCUUCAACCCACAAGACCCGGUUCAAGCUAGCAAGUUCAAGUCUGAUGGAAGAACACUCUUCUGCCUAGAGUUGGCCAAAUACUACAAUCUGGAAGAAACCCUUUUAGUGAAUCAGGAAGUUGAGAAACAUUUGUCCCACUUGAAAUAUAUCCCAUCAACACUUUUUCAAACCGAAGUCACAUAUGUGGAUUUCCUAGACAGGGUGCAUAUCUCAGAGGUCAAGUUGCGUGCAAAAGGCUUGUGGGAUGUUCCACACCCAUGGCUCAAUCUUUUUAUACCCAAAAGCAAAAUACACCGUUUCGCAGAGGGUGUCUUCAGGAACAUCGUAACAGAAACAAGCAACGGCCCUGUCCUUAUCUACCCAGUAAAUAAAUCAAAGUGGGACAAAAGAAGUUCUGUGGUGAUGCCAGAGGAAGAUAUUUUCUACUUAGUGGCAUUUCUGGCAUCUGCAGUGCCCUCAUCUAAUGGUCCUGAUGGGCUUGAAAACAUUUUGAGUCAGAACAAAAGAAUUUUAGAAUACUGUGAAAGAAGCAAUCUUGGGGUGAAGCAAUAUCUACCGCACUACACUACACAGGAAGAAUGGCGGGCGCACUUUGGUCCUCAAUGGGAGAUUUUGCGCCAAAUAAAAUCUGUUUAUGACCCUUUGCUUAUGCUUGCUCCUGGCCAAAGAAUAUUCCAAAAAUCAGUAACCUUCUCCUGA